AUGGCUCUUCUUGACUACCCUGUUCCAGAGCUGGAUGUGACCUUGCAGGAAGUUUGUCGUGUUCUACAGCUCACUUCGAGUCCUGAUCUGUAUGCUGACUUCAAAAGCACGCUGGAGAAGCAGAGGCCCCAUCUUGAAGAGACCCAGCAAAAGUUAGCAUCUAGUGCAGCAGGCCAAGAGAAUUGGGUGACCGAGCAGUUCAAGAAAAGUCUGUUGUCAUGUGCGGACCCCUUGUCAACUGCCACAGCCCUCCCAGUUGUCCUUCUACCAUCCAAAUCAGAGGGAUGCAACCAGUUAACAAGAGCAGCUGCUUUGCUUUGGGCUGCAGCAAAGUUGUACAGCGAGCCAAAGAUACUGGAAGGUGACGUGCCGAUGGAACAGACUCAACAAUCAGAGGUUUUUGCUGCCACACGAAUUCCUGGCAAGAACCUAGAUGAAAUUAAGGUCUACCCGGAAAGUAUUCACGCCAUUAUCACCUGUGUUGGCGGAGUGUUCCCGGUUGACAUAUUACAGCGUUCCAGCACCGGUGGGCCAUCAUUUGCUCGAUCCUUCAAUGAUAUCUACAACCAGUUGUUAAAGGUGGUGGACCAGGCCAGCACAGGAAAGCAGAACAACGCUUUGGCCAUUUGCAGCCUCUCUGCUUUGGAGCGCAAGUCCUGGGCUGCCAUCAGGGAGGAGAUCAUGGAGAAAGGAGGAGCUUCUGCAGCAUCACUGGAAAUAAUGGAGAGUGCUGUGCUGACGUUAAGUCUGGAGGACUGCAGCGCACCUACCGAAUUGGCUGACAUUCUCAACGCAGUGAGGUUGGGAGAAGAAGAUGGUCCCUGUUUAAGAUACUAUGACAAGGUGGUGAAUCUGGUGGUGUUCAAGGACUGCACUGCGGGGAUGGUCUUUGAGCAUUGUGCUGUGGAUGGGAUGGUGGCCGGCCUUGUAACUGAGCGUGUAUACCAAUUGGCCGAGAAAGCCGAUUUAAGCCUUGUACAGGCCAAUGCAGAUAAAGUCAAUGGGUCUGCUGCAGAAGAUGAUAAGAAUCCUAUGGACCCAACACCUUUGACAUUUACUUUACACGGUCCCCAUUUGGCUGUCCUUCGUCGAGCUUUACCAAAAGACAAUCCAUUGAAGAAGUUUUUGGACCCCUUCGGAUGUCCUUCUGUGUACCUCACUGGUACCGAUCUGAUGGAAGGAGUGGAAUGUGGAGUUGGAAAUGUUUACGCCCAAGACCAGCUUGCUGUAACCUACCUUGGGAAAAGAGACAAAGUUCGAGUUGUGCUUAAUGCAAAAGGCAGCUUUGCUUUGAUGUUAGACAAGCUUCAGAAAAAUCUGAAGGUAAAUUUAAAGUUAGUGAUGCUUUUGGCACUCAGAUAUGCAAUUGCAUAUCAAAUGGGAGCACUGGAGUGUCUCCUCAAACAAAACGAAACAAAGGACAUGAACGGAGACAUAAUUCACUUUCCAUUGAGCACUGUCAAUAACAAAACGACAAUUGAUUCAACCACCGAUGAGAGUGCUGACUAUACUUUGGUGAUACAUGGUGGUGCCGGAGAAGUAAUGAUGAUGAAUCCGCAAGUGACAGAUGUCAUUGAGUUUGCUCUGAAAACAGCGUUAACCCUGGGAUCGCAAGUACUUCAAAAUGGCGGGCAAAGUCUAGAUGCAGUUCAAAGGUCAGUUGAAGCAAUGGAAGAUUGCUUUCUUUUCAAUGCGGGUAAAGGCUCAGUAUUCAACAUAGAAGGCAAAAAUGAAAUGGAGGCCACUAUAGUAGAUGGUAAUCAGUUGAGGUCUGGAGCUGUUGCCUGUGUGAAAAGUGUAAAGAACCCAAUAAAAGCAGCUCGAUGUGUCAUGGAAAAAAGCUCACAUUCUUUAAUUGUGGGAGAUGGUGCUGAGGAAUUUCUAGAAGGAUUGAAAGGGGAGGCAAAACCUGUCAAACCUGACUAUUUCCACACUGAUCUCCGCCAAAGAGAGCUAGCUGUGAAGCUCAGUGGUGCAAAUCUAUCAAAAAACAAUCAUCCUCAAACAGUUGGAGCUGUGGCAUUGGAUUGUCAUCAUGGGCUGGCAGCUGCAUCGUCCACAGGUGGGUUAGUGGGGAAGCUGAAAGGGCGUGUUGGUGAUACAGCAGUAGUUGGAGCAGGAAUUUAUGCUGAUAACACUUUAGCUAUUAGCUGCUCUGGAGAUGGGGAUGUGUUCUUAAGACACACAGUUGCGCAAAAAAUCGCCAGCCUCUACCAUCACAAAGGCUAUAGUCUCAGGAAGGCAUGUAAAGAGGUGAUGACAGAAAACCUGGGAGAUGUAUGUGCUGGAGUCAUUGCAGUUGACUCAAAAGGAAAUUCAGUUAUUGAAACAAAUGCCGGUGUCAUGUUUGUGGCCUCGAUGAUAGGUGGAAUAUCCAGAGUGGAGGUGCUUCGACCCCUAAAAAAUGUCUCCAAUGUGAUCUGGGAAACGGAUGAACUGGUUGCAUACUUGAAUCCCAAUCCUUGGACUCCUGGGUCAACUAUUUUGGCCAGAAAAACACUAAGUGGGGCCCACAGCAUUUUCCAUUUGGCUGAACCCGAUUUUGUGUGUCUGCUACAAGAAGCAAAAUCUGUUUCAAGUAUUUUAUGUGGGAAACUGGGAGUGCAACGUUGUGCUUUGGUUUCCUAUCCUAACCCCAAUCAACCAGCACAAAUUCGACUGCUACCACUUCAUGGUGUAGAGCCAAAGUGGCAACCCCAUCUUGCCAGGCAGGAGGAAUUUCACUCUUUCAACCCAGGAUACUGUACCUCCAAAAGUGGCCCACGCUGGGAUGAUGAAGCAUUGAACAAGGUUAGCGAUCAAAUUAGGAAUGGUUUACCAACAACAAAUGCACCCUCCAGUUUUGAAUUUCUGGGGUCUCCCUCUGAUAAUGAUCUAUUCAGUCGGAUUGUACGAGGAGAGGAGAAACAGUGGCGAGUAUGGGAAGACAGUCAACAUGUUGCCUUUCUAACACCCUAUCCAAACACUCCUGGAAUAACAGUUGUGGUGCCACGCAAACCACUGCCCAGUGACAUCUUGAACCUUGAGGAAGCUGACUACAAAGCUCUGAUCUUGGCAACUUAUAAAGUUGCCCAACUGCUGGAGGAGUGCAUGAGAGCUGAAGGUGUUGGACUGAUCUUUGAGGGAUUUGAGAUUAACUACGCUCAUGCUAAACUUAUCCCCCUGCUGUCUUCCCCACAAGGCCCAAAGGUUGCUAGACCACAGGCAGAAUUCUUCCUAAAAUACCCUGGAUAUGUGUCCUCUCUUGAUGGUCCAGCUGCUGAUUCAGAUGACCUCAAAACUCUUUAUUCCAAAAUCACUCAGUGCCAGCCUCCACAAUCAUGGGAAGACCCAAAGUCCCACUCCAUACUCGCUAUCACUAGCCAGUGGUAUCGCAACCUGUUCCAAAUACAGAACACUCUUUUCCACAGCACGGUGGAAUAUUUUAACAACUGCUGUCACUACUCCUAUGCUCUGACACCUCUCACGACAGACACCAUCUCCUCUCCAAUGGGUCUGGGGUCCGACUCAGAGCCAGUUUCUGUUCAACUUUUGGGUCAAGACAUCUACUUAGCCGACUCUAUGCAAUUUGUGCUCGAAUAUUUCCUCCGUUUGCAGGAUAACCUUCAGGGGACCUACUACAUAUCUCCCAGCUUUAGAGGAGAAGAUCCUGAUGCCACACACUUGAACCAAUUCUACCAUGUAGAGUGUGAACUGUUGGGUGACAUGGACCACGCAGUUUCAAUAGCAGAGGGAUAUUUGUCCCAUCUCACCAAAUCCAUGCUGAAGAGACACUCAGAUAUAAUUUUCAAAACUGCUGGGUCCCUCACGCAUAUCACAUCCAUGCUGAGUAAGUUGGAUGGAAAAAACCCACUGCCACGUGUCUCUCUAGAUCAGGCUAUUCCAAUGAUGCCUUCAGCAGAUUGCCUGGAGUGGGUACAAGAUGGUCAACCCCAGUUCGGAAGAAAGCUCACACGCAAAGGAGAGCGGGUCUUGAUCGAAAAAUAUGGUGGUGUUGUUUGGCUGACUGAGAUGGACCAUCUGGCAGUUCCAUUCUACCAGGCCUAUGUGGAGGGCAGUGGGCGGUGCAAAGCCAAGGCUGCAGACCUUCUGCUAGGCCUGGGAGAAACUGUGGGUCUUGGUGAACGUCAUUCCACCCCUGCCUUGGUACAGGAGGCUCUCAGACACCAUGCAGUUCCACAGCAGUCCUAUAAGUGGUACACUGAGAUGCGGGAGGUGAAACCACUUCUCACCAGUGGGUGGGGAAUGGGGACAGAGCGAUACUUGUGUUGGCUGCUUCAGCACAAUGAUGUAAGAGAUAUCCAGAUUAUUCCAAGACUCAAAGGAACUAAGUACAUGCCAUGA